AUGAGGAUAGAAGGAGAAAAAGGUGUGAAAACACAAUCCGCGCCAAACAUUGGCCGCGGACGCGCAAAAGUGAUUUUGGCCGAGCAAUUUCCAACCGGGCCGACCGUUACGGUCGAGCCGGGAAGGAAUCCUGCUCGGCCGGAUUAUCUAUCGCGCGACAGAAACGUUCGCGCGGCACGCACGAACCGGAAAGAAAGGCCGCGAUCGGCCGAAUUUUGUAUCGGAACGGACCGACCGUACGGUCGAUCCGGGAAAAACGCUCGGCCUCGGCCGAAAUCUCUCGCCAUUCGAUUUGGCCGACCAAAUCGCUCGACCGCGACAAAAUCCAUCGGCCAUCGGCCCAAACUUUUCUCGGCCAAGGUAAGUCCCCUUUUCAUUAAUUCAAACCGGUUUUAA